AUGUAUCAGUGGAGGAAAUUCGACUUCUUCGAGGAGAAGAAAACCAAAAUCCCAGAGGAGGUAGAGGGCGGGAUCCGGUGCUGCGGCAGCGGCAGGGGAAGGAUUGUGUUGGGUACCGACGACGGCGUCGUAUCGCUGCUUGAUCGUGGCCUGCAGCUUCAGUACUCCUUUCCAGCUCACUCCUCCUCCGUUCUCUUCCUCCAGCAGCUCAAGCAACGUAACUACUUAGUGACUGUUGGAGAGGAUGAGCAAAUGCCACCCCAGCAAGCAGCUGUAUGCCUAAAGGUAUUUGACCUUGAUAAAAGGCAAGAAGAGGGGUCUAGUGCAUCAAGUCCAGAGUGCAUUCAAAUUUUGCGGAUAUUUACCAACCAAUUCCCUGAAUCAAAGAUCACGUCUUUUGUUGUUCUUGAGGAAGCUCCACCAAUUAUAUUUAUUGCCCUUGGGCUGGACAAUGGCUGUAUUUAUUGCAUCCAAGGCGACAUUGCGCGCGAACGAAUCAAGCGCUUGAAGCUGGAGGUCAACAGUGCCCAAUCUGGCAAGUUAAAUUCUGCUAUUACGGGCCUCGGUUUCCGUGUGGAUGGAUCCGUGUUUCAACUCUUUGCGGUCACUCCAAGUUCAGUGAGCUUGUUUAAUUUGCAGAGUCAAACACAUUCUGCCCAAACGCUCGAUCAUAUUGGUUCAGAGACAUCUAGUGUAGCAAUGAGUGACCGCUUGGAACUGAUUGUUGGUCGGCCUGAAGCUGUCUAUUUCUAUGAAGUCGAUGGCCGAGGUCCUUGUUGGGCCUUUGAGGGUGAGAAAAAGCUCCUCGGUUGGUUUCGUGGCUACCUUUUGUGUGUAAUUGCUGAUCAAAUCACUGGGAAGAACACAUUCAACAUUUACGAUCUGAAAAACCGUCUAAUAGCCUACAGCACGACCAUUCCCGAAGUCUCUCACAUGCUGUGCGAGUGGGGUAACAUAGUGCUCAUAAUGUCUGACAAGUCUGCGCUUUUUGUUGUGGAGAAGGACAUGGAGAGCAAGCUGGACUUGCUUUUCAAGAAAAACCUUUACACGGUAGCUAUUAACCUCGUGAAGGGCCAGCAAGCCGAUGCCGUGGCAACUGCCGAAGUCCUCAGAAAGUAUGGUGACCAUUUGUACAGUAAGCAGGAAUAUGACGAGGCGAUGGCCCAGUAUAUACACACCAUCGGGUAUCUCGAAUCUUCGUACGUCAUCCAGAAGUUUCUGGAUGCACAGAGGAUCUACAAUCUGACUAAUUACUUGGAGAAGCUGCACGAGAAAGGUCUUGCCUCCAAAGACCACACUACUCUCUUGCUUGACUGCUACACCAAGCUGAAAGACGUCAAGAAGCUAGAUUAUUUCAUUAAGAGUGAGGACGGAUUAGGUGAGCACAAAUUCGAUGUUGAGACAGCCAUUAGGGUUUGCCGGGCCGCUAACUACCAUGACCAUGCCAUGUAUGUGGCCAAGAAGGCUGGCAGGCAUGAGUGGUACCUGAAGAUUUUGCUUGAGGACUUGGGUAUGUAUGAUGAAGCCCUGGAGUAUAUAAAUAGCCUGGAUCCGAGCCAAGCUGGGGUCACUAUAGAGGAGUAUGGAAAGAUACUCGUUGGACAGAAGCCGAAGGCUACAAUUCAGAUACUAAUGAGGCUUUGUACGGAAGAAGGGGAAUCUUCCAGGAGAGGGUCCUCAGGUGGGACCUUCUUGUCCAUGCUGCCAUCACCCGUUGAUUUUCUCAAUAUUUUUGUGCACCACCCGCUGUCUCUUAUGGAGUUCCUUGAGAUGUACACUGAGAAAGUGAAGGAUUCUCCUGCUCAGGUUGAGAUCCACAACACUCUGCUGGAGUUGUAUUUGUCCCAUGACUUGGAUUUUCUGUCUUUUUCGCAAACUGGUAGCAAUGAAAAUGGUGAAGUUGGAAAAACGCAAGGAUUUGGCGGAGGGAUAAUUCCAGGUGGUGCAGCUGACGAGAAAGAUCGCCAGAAGAGACGUCAGAAGGGGCUGCUCUUGCUGAAAAGCGCGUGGCCACCUGAGCAGGAGCAGCCGCUUUAUGACGUCGAUCGGGCGAUUAUUCUGUGUGAGAUGAAUGAUUUCAAAGAAGGGCUCCUGUAUUUGUAUGAGAAGUUAAAACUGUAUAAGGAGGUGAUUGCGUGCUAUAUGCAGGCACAUGAUCACGAAGGUCUAAUUGCAUGCUGCAAGAGAUUAGGGGAUUCGGGUAAGGGUGGGGACCCUUCUCUUUGGGCGGACUUACUGAAGUACUUUGGUGAGCUUGGAGAAGACUGCUCAAAAGAGGUUAGAGAAGUCCUGACCUAUAUUGAAAGGGAUGACAUCUUGCCUCCAAUUAUAGUUCUUCAGACUUUAUCCAGAAAUCCGUGCCUCACACUUUCUGUCAUUAAAGAUUACAUUGCUCGGAAGCUGGAACAGGAAUCAAAGCUGAUCGAGGAGGAUCGUGUUGCGAUUGAUAAGUAUCAGGACGAAACAUCUGCAAUGCGAAAAGAAAUACAGGAUCUCAGGACAAAUGCGAGGAUAUUCCAGCUUUGCAAGUGCACUGCUUGUACCUUCACUCUCGACCUUCCAGCUGUACAUUUCAUGUGUACCCACUCUUUCCAUCAACGGUGCCUUGGUGAUAACGAGAAAGAAUGUCCAGAGUGUGCUCCUGAGUACAGAGCCGUUCUGGAGAUGAAGAAAAACUUGGAGCACAACACAAAAAGCCAGGAUCACUUCUUUCAGAAAGUCAAGAAUUCAAAGGAUGGAUUCUCUGUAAUUGCAGAAGAACAGCCCUUAUUUCCCCAAUUAUCUAAAAAAGGUUCUUUUUCUUCGUCGAGGGGGCCUUCAACUUCCGAUAUGAGCAAAGAUAAAGAGAGGCCGCCGGAACCCCUUGAUUUCUUCAUAUGGACGGUUGAGGAUGUUGGCAUGUGGUUGGAAGAGAUAAAUCUCGGUGGAUAUCGCCAGAUUUUCAAGGAAAAUGGGGUCAAUGGAGAGUAUUUGGAAGGGAUGUCGAUGUUCACGACCGAGCAGAUCUUGCGGUUUAUAAGGAAGUGCCACAUGAAGUGGGGAGAUUUUAUUACCUUGUGCAAGGAGCUUAGGCGAAUAAAAGUGGCUUGUUUGAAAGGGGAGCAAAAAGUACGACGACCCUGGUGGGCCCCACCUUGUCUUUUCAUAAAUGCUGCGAAGCACAACCGGCAGUCUCGAGUUGUGUCCUUGAAGGUGGAACCUUGA